CCUUCCCACAGCAGAGGUGACGCAGAGCACAGCUGCCUGGAGCUGGAGCCCUUCUGACAGCCUGGGAGCCUGGCAGAGCCUGCAGGGAUGAGAGUGGCCGUGGUGGGCGCGGGGGUCAGCGGGCUGGCAGCCACCAAGUGCUGCCUGGCCGAGGGGCUGGAGCCCACCUGCUUCGAGCAGAGCCAGGACAUCGGGGGGCUCUGGCGCUACACGGAGCACAUCGAGGCCGGCCGGCCGAGCCUUUAUCCGUCAGUCAUCAGCAACACCUCCAAGGAGAUGUCUGCCUUCUCCGACUUCCCCUUCCCUGAGCACUUCCCGGUGUUCCUGCCCAAUGCCCUGCUCCUGGACUACCUCCGGCGCUACGCCGAGCACUUCAGCCUGCGGGAGCACAUCAGAUUUGGGACCACCGUUGUUAGCAUCCGUAAGCACCCCGACUUUGCCACCACGGGCCGGUGGAAUGUGGUCACAGAGGCGGAGGGGAAGCAGACAUCGCACGUCUUCGAUGCUGUUAUGGUUUGCAGCGGCAGUUUCUCAGAGCCAUCCCUCCCCCUGCAGUGUUUUCCUGGCAUGGAGAGGUUUCGAGGGCAGUACUUCCACAGCCGGCAGUACAAGCAUCCUGACGUGUUCCAGGGCAAGCAUGUCCUCGUGGUGGGCAUGGGCAACUCAGGAGCGGACAUCGCAGUGGAGGCCAGUCGUGUCGCUGCAAAGGUGACCAUUAGCACCACUCGAGGAGCCUGGCUGCUCAGCCGUGUGUUUGAGCACGGCUACCCGUGGGAUAUGAUUUUAAACACUCGCCUUAUGAGCCUGAUCAAAACCAACCUCCCCAGACCCCUUUCAUGGUGGUUGAUUAAUUAUAAGGUGAACCGGUGGUUCAGCCAUGAAAACUAUGGCCUUCAGCCAGAGAACAGCUGGCUGGUGCGGGAGCCCCUGCUGAACGACGACCUCCCAAGCUACAUCCUGACAGGCAGGAUCACCAUCAGGCCGGGCGUGAAGGAGUUCAAGGACAACUCAGUCCUUUUCCACAACUGCCCUGAGGAGGAGCCCGUCGAUAUUGUUGUCUUCUGCACGGGCUACACCAUCUCCUUCCCCUUCCUAGAAGAAUCCGUCGUCAGGGUGGAAAACAAGCACGCGUCCCUCUACAAAUACGUGUUCCCAACCCACCUGCACCAGCCCACCCUGGCUGUCCUUGGGCUGAUUAAGCCCCUUGGAGGCAUCAUGCCCGUGUCAGAGAUGCAGGCACGCUGGGUGAGCCGUGUCUUCAAAGGCUUGUGUCAGUUGCCUCCCCAGUCUGUCAUGGAGAAGGAAGUAAAUGAGAAGAAGAAAAACCAAAUCCAAUGGUUUGGUCUGACCUUUGACGAAGUCCUGAAAACCGAGUGGCUGGUGUACCUGGACACGCUGGCCUCCUUCAUCGGUGCCAAGCCCAGCGUGCUGGGGCUGCUCUGCACAGACCCUUGGCUGGCUCUCACCAUCUUCUUCGGGCCCUGCUCCCCCUACCAGUACCGCCUGGGGGGUCCUGGGCGCUGGGAGGGGGCACGGCAGGCCAUCCUCACCCAGUGGGACCGCGUCCUAAAGCCCACAAGAACACGAGUCCCUGCUGGCUCCUCCAGCUCUUUCCCUUGUCUCCUGACUGUGGUGGGAUUCCUUCUGCUCCUGGCUGCUGUGAUUUUUGGUUUCCAGUAGCUUUUAUUGGGUUUUAUUGUUUUUGUCCUGAGGGAUUUUAUCUCAGGUCAGACAGCUCCUCAGUGUGCCAAGGGACUGGGGAAAAGGAUUUCAGUAGAUGGCAACAAACUUUAAUCUACAACCUGCAGCAUAAACCUCCCUCAGCUCCAGCCCAACCCCAAGCCCAGCUUUGCAGACCUCAUUAGCCACCUAUUGUAAAUGCAGGUGAACCCAGUGGGAAGAAAUGCUGAUGUCUGACUCCAGUUCAGAAGGCUGAAUGAUUUCUUUAUUGUAACUAUGCUAUAAUACAUUAAUAUACUAUUUAAAGGAGAUACUAAAACUACAAACUUACUUGUUGUAACUACUAUAUCUACCUGCCUGCAACUCGUGACCCUCCUCGCCAGAGUCCAGCCACAGGUGGAUUGGAUUGGCCAUCAGGCUCAAACAAUCCUCACUAGACUCUAAUUAAGCAAUCACCCCAGGUAAACAAUUCUCUAAACACGUUCCACGUGAGAAAAACAAGGAGCAGAAAUAGAAAUUGUUUUCUCUUUCUUCUCUCUGUGUUCCUCUAUGAAAAAUCCUGAGAGAGACAAGAAUGUGCCUGCCACAGCCAGGGAUGGUAGCCUUGCCCAAGUGUCUGUUGCCCCUCUGCUCUCCUGCCUGCUGCCAGGAGCACAGCAGGGGUUGGUGGCAUAAUUGUGCCUGGAUCACUCAAGACAGGAUGCAGAAAGGACAAGCCCAGCAAAAGUGGUGGUGUGUCACAGGAGCAAGAGUGCCCAGGAAUUACCUGGGCUGUGUACACAGGUCAGGCUGUCCCCUUCUCCAAACCUAAACACUGUGACCCCAAAACCCCAGCUGGGGUUGAACUGGUGCAUCUUUGUCACACGGGAGCCUGUGGGGCUGAGCACUCCUGGCUUUGCUUCCCUGCGUGCCCCACCACUGGACAAUCCUGAGGCUUUGUUUUGUGUGCGGAGAGACUUUAAAUGAAUAAAAGCUCAGUGGCUGUGGCAGCAGUGUGCUGCAGA